AUGCCGGCACACAUCGUUUCUCUGCUUCCAUCCAACCCUGGGGGCGCUGUUCCAGCGGGCGUGCAACCACCGAGCAUGUCUGGCUUCAACAAUGCGACCGUUCAGCCCGCUCGAGGCGGCCUUGCUGUGUGCGUCUCUGGAUUCGUCCCCGUGCACGCGAGCACCACCAAGAACAUCAAGUUCAACUAUCCGCUCCCUAAGAACCAGAGCCAGGUGACCGAGACGCUCCUUGAUUCGAUUACCUCCGGGAGCACGGCAUCCCAGCAGAUUAUGGAGGGCAUGGAGAGCGUCAAUGGGACUUAUGAUAUUGCUGCAACUCUGUGUUUGCCAGCGAAUGCCUCAGAUGGCGCGGGUUUGAAGGGUGUCCAGCUGUUGACGCAUGGUAUUGGCUUUGACCGAUUUUACUGGGACUUUGCUCCAGGAUACAGCUACGUCGACGUCGCCGCUCAGUACAACUACGCGACCUUCUUUUACGACCGUCUUGGCGUUGGACAAUCUUUCAAGCCGGACUUCUUGACUGUGCAGUCACCACUUGAAGUCGAGAUUGCCAACUGCCUGGCCACUUCCCUUCGUCAAGGCCACUUCAGCAAUCUCACUUUCUCCAAGGUCGUCGGCACGGGCCACUCCUUUGGCAGCAUCAUCACCCAAGCCAUCACGGCAAACUACCCAGAUUCACUCGAUGCUGCGAUUCUCACUGGCUUCUCUGCUAACUCCACCGCCAUGCCUGUGUUCCUUCAAGCCAACAAUUUCGCCAUCGCCUCGCACGACAACCCAUACCGCUUUUCCACCCUAUCCAACGGCUACCUUGCUGCUUCUUCAUCGAUCUCGAACCAGAUCGCCUUUUUCCGCUCUCCAAACUACGACCCACAGGUUCUCAGCCUUGCAGAUGCCACUAAGGGUACGGUGACUCUGGGAGAGCUUUUCAGCACCACUGCUGUGACGGCACCUGCCAAGAACUGGACAAAGCCAGUCGCGGUUGUCAACGGAGACAACGACCUGCCUUUCUGCUUUGGCAACUGCUCCUACCCGACGAACCUUGCACAGGGUGCCUUGACGAUGCUCUACCCAGCCACCAAGAAGACCGGCACAUACCUCGCACCCACCACCGGACACGGCUUGAACUUGCACUACACUGCCGUGGAAGCAUACCACUACAUUCAAGAUUUCCUCAACAAGCAGGGCGUGUAA